UUUGACAGACCAUUUUUAUCCUAGGAUUUAGGGAGAUCAAGGAAAGGGUGGGGUGGGACCCUGGCCAGACUUUGGGAGAAGGAAGGCAAUUGGAAAAAGGGGAGCCAGGCCAGAGAUCUCUCUAGCACCCGGUAGGAAUGUUUGGGGGUGAGCCUAGCAGCGGUGCUGCAGGAAGGCUGAGUGGGGCUGGCUCGCUGGUACCAGGCAGAGAUGAGUAUCCUGGAUAUGGGACAGAGCCCUGCAGGUGGCUACUUGCCAGCGGUCAUUUGCCACACCUGAUCUCAGGCCCGUUUUCAUUGCUGAUUGUGGAACCCAUGGCUUCACACAUGCUCAGGAUGCACUCCGUCACUGAACUGUACCCCAAGCCCCGUGCUGGGGUCUUGCAUGUCUGCUGGGCGCAGCUGGGAUUGUGUGGCUUUGUUGGGUGGAGCCAUGUGUAGUGGAUGGUUGGUGGCCAGGGCGAGCCAGAGCUGUGAGUAUUGUGGGUGAGCCUUGGGUCCUCUGAGUUUCAGGGAGCUGUGUUCAGUGUGUUCAGUGGGGGUUCAGGAUAAACAGCCAGCCAGGCCUUAGAGAUGUGAUUAUGUGUCUCAGGACAAGUUCUUGGGGUCCAUGGGCAUUGGUCUGAGGGGGACUACAUCAGGAGGUGUGCUCUGGGGCUGGGAACAGAUUUACAGUGCCAGUGAGAUUUACCUCCAGUGCCGAGGUGUGGGCAAGCAUCAAUUUCAAGGGUCCGUAUUGGGAAUAGAUGUUACAGUCCGCAAUGGUGAGUGCUCUCCAGUGUUUACUUCCCAUUACGAUGGAUCUGACAGUGGCUGCAUGGGCCCCUUUUCAAGAUAAAAGGUGAGGCAUAGCUAUGGGUUCAGGGUUAGAAAGACUCAGGUACCCUGCGAAUUGCCCUCCACAUCUUAAGGCAGAUGAUAGCCUGGCUCCCCUGAGCCAUUUAACCAGCUCCCUUUCUCCUAGGAGGACUCCCUGUUUGCCCUGGCCUAGGCUGCCCUCUGCCCAGCUGUGACAACAAUAAAGGCAAGGGUAGGAGGCUUUGCUAGCACCCAUCACACAGGCAACUCCCAAACCCUCAAGCCCAAGGAGGACAACCCCCACCUUCCCCCCACCACACACACACUCACCCCCGCCCCCCUCACGGGAGUUCAUAGCCCUCCCAGCUCGCCCCAGGCGAUGCUCACAUUUUCCAGUGUUUAGAUUUUUAUCCACUUUAUUAAUGAGGCGGGCAAGAGGCCCGGGUGAGGGUGUGGGGGUUUGCUCCUGUCCCGCUCAGAGGAGGGGGUCACAGAAACCAAACCAAUUCAGAAAACUUCAGUCCUUGAAGAGAAGGAGCUGGGCCCAGUUGCCCUGACCAUUGCCAGCUGUAGAGGUUUUGCCCACUCAAGGCUCCCAGCCCCAGAGGGCAGACAUGCAUGGGGUGGAGCAGCCCCUGGAGGCCAGUGGAGUGCGGGUGGAGGCGGCACGGAGCCGAGGAGCCGCCCCAGGAAGAGGGAGCGGCCUGCCGGGAGCCAGGGAGUAGCUGGAGUGGGCAGCAGGAGCCAAGUUCCAGGCCAUGGGGACCCUGCAUCCUGAGCGCACUGGGUAAGAAGCUGGGACGUGAUGGAUGGCAAGCCAGAGGAGGAGAACUCUAGCCAUCCUGCUCUCUUGCUGUUUUAUGGCUCUCAGCCCUAAGCUGUCCAUCUCCUCUCAACGAGAGAAAGGACAAGCCAGAGGCUGGUUCAAAUAGGGACGUGGGAUGGGCAUCUGAAUGAGGCAAUGCCAGACUGGUGAGAGAUUGCCAUGAAGACAGGGAGGCAACAGAGAUGGGAUUAUGGAAAAAGAGGUGGACCCAUGGGGUCUGAGAGCACCAUAGAGAUCAGAGAUGGGUUCGUGGCAGCCGGGGGCUGUGGGAACAGAGAGGACCUCGGAGACAAGAGAUCAGGCAGAGAGGCCUCGGGGCACAGGAAUGGGUCUAAAGGUGUAGAGGUGUGUUGUUUGGGGAGAAAUGAAACUGCAGAUUGAGUUAGUACCACACGGCCAUUGGAAGAGAUGAACUAUAGUGGUGGAGGUGUCGGGACAUGGACAUCAAGGACAGAGUUAAAAGGUGACAAAAGCUGGUCACGGUGGUGUGAGCCUUUAAUCCCAAGACACAGCAGGCAUAGGCAGGCGGGUCUUUGAGUUUAAGGUUAGCCUGGCUGGUUCCAGGGCAAGCCAAGGAGACUUCUGAAAAGGAGCAGUGGGCAGGCGGACAUGAGGGUUGAGAUUGGGAUUAGAAGCCAGUAAGUGUCUAGUCCACCGGGCCACAGACCAGGAAACUGAUGGGUGGAAACCAGGAGGUGGGGGUGGGGUGGAGAUCAGGACAGAUACCAGUGACCUGUGCCAAGUCAAUCAAGCCCCCCCAGCAGAUGUGAGGGCAGAGUGAAGCCCGGCGUAAGAGAUGAAGGCAGUGACAGGUGAAGUGGGAUCUGAAAGGGAGCAGCCAAGGUCAUGUGGAGGUGCCCUGGGCACAGAAAGUUGGGACACUACCUCACUGUGCCCUCUUUUUAUCUACGCAGCCCUCUUGGCCACUGAUAUGAGCCCCUACGGGCUUAACCUGAGCCUAGUGGAUGAGGCAACAACGUGUGUAACACCCAGGGUCCCCAAUACAUCUGUGGUGCUGCCAACAGGCGGUAACGGCACAUCACCAGCGCUGCCUAUCUUCUCCAUGACGCUGGGUGCUGUGUCCAACGUGCUGGCGCUGGCGCUGCUGGCCCAGGUUGCAGGCAGACUGCGGCGCCGCCGCUCGACUGCCACCUUCCUGUUGUUCGUCGCCAGCCUGCUUGCCAUCGACCUAGCAGGCCAUGUGAUCCCGGGCGCCUUGGUGCUUCGCCUGUAUACUGCAGGACGUGCGCCCGCUGGCGGGGCCUGUCAUUUCCUGGGCGGCUGCAUGGUCUUCUUUGGCCUGUGCCCACUUUUGCUUGGCUGUGGCAUGGCCGUGGAGCGCUGCGUGGGUGUCACGCAGCCGCUGAUCCACGCGGCGCGCGUGUCCGUAGCCCGCGCACGCCUGGCACUAGCCCUGCUGGCCGCCAUGGCUUUGGCAGUGGCGCUGCUGCCACUAGUGCACGUGGGUCACUACGAGCUACAGUACCCUGGCACUUGGUGUUUCAUUAGCCUUGGGCCUCCUGGAGGUUGGCGCCAGGCGUUGCUUGCGGGCCUCUUCGCCGGCCUUGGCCUGGCUGCGCUCCUUGCCGCACUAGUGUGUAAUACGCUCAGCGGCCUGGCGCUCCUUCGUGCCCGCUGGAGGCGGCGUCGCUCUCGACGUUUCCGAGAGAACGCAGGUCCCGAUGAUCGCCGGCGCUGGGGGUCCCGUGGACUCCGCUUGGCCUCCGCCUCGUCUGCGUCAUCCAUCACUUCAACCACAGCUGCCCUCCGCAGCUCUCGGGGAGGCGGCUCCGCGCGCAGGGUUCACGCACACGACGUGGAAAUGGUGGGCCAGCUCGUGGGCAUCAUGGUGGUUUCGUGCAUCUGCUGGAGCCCCCUGCUGGUAUUGGUGGUGUUGGCCAUCGGGGGCUGGAACUCUAACUCCCUGCAGCGGCCGCUCUUUCUGGCUGUACGCCUCGCGUCGUGGAACCAGAUCCUGGACCCAUGGGUGUACAUCCUGCUGCGCCAGGCUAUGCUGCGCCAACUUCUUCGCCUCCUACCCCUGAGGGUUAGUGCCAAGGGUGGUCCAACGGAGCUGAGCCUAACCAAGAGUGCCUGGGAGGCCAGUUCACUGCGUAGCUCCCGGCACAGUGGCUUCAGCCACUUGUGA